GCUUUUUCCUGUGCCUCUGUGCAGCAUCCCGGCCAGCAACCGGCUUCCCCGAGCUUCCAGCAGCGCUGCGUGGCCAGGGAUGUGCUGGGAGCCGGGAUCCUGUGGCUGGGACAGGGCUGAUCUGACCCAAACCGGGCUGAGCAUCCCGGUCCCCCCAGGGAGAGGAAGAUUUGCAGCCCUGGGGGGCUGCAGGGUUUGGAGAAACGGGAGAUUGCAACGAAACGGAAAGGCUGGUGGGAAAUAAGCCCACGGGGAAGUGUCACCCACUCGCGAUUUGGUCGUAGCAUUGUGGUGAAGGGACUGCUGGCAACCGGGCGUCUGCCCCCAAAACAGGGCUUUCUGGCCCCAAAAGAGACUGGAUGGAAGAAGGGGGAGAGCUGGUGGCACCUGGUCCUCCGGGGAGAGAGCUGGGCAGCACCAGGAGCAGCCGAAAAGGAGACAGGAUGCGGAGGGAGGACGAAGGUCGCCACGUGGAGCAGGAGGGUCCGGCUGAAGGCGAAGUGGGCGAAACUACGGUGACAAAACCAGAAGGGGAUAAUGGUGGGAAAGGUCAUGGGAUGGAGCCAAAGAAAGCGGGGAAUGAAUUUGCCCAUUGUGACGGGGAUGGGCAGCUCUUUGCAGAAGAAAGUCUCUACGAAUGUUCGCACUGUAAGAAAUGUUUCCAGGAGAGGUCAGAGCUCAUCUGCCAUCAGCGGCUGCACCGAGGGGAAAAGGCUUUCAAAUGCCUAGAGUGUGGCAAGGAAUUUGGGAAGAGCUCAGACCUGAGCUCGCAUCAGAAAAGCCACAUGGCAGAGAAGCCCUACCAGUGCUCGACAUGCGAGAAGUUCUUCAAGGACAGGUCGACGCUCAUCAGGCACGAGCGAGUGCACACCGGGGAGAAGCCCUACAAGUGCCACGAGUGCGGGAAGAGGUUCACCAGGAGCUCCGACAUCGUCGUCCACCAGCGGAUCCACACGGGGGAGAAGCCCUUCGAGUGCUCCGAGUGCGGCAAGAGGUUCAGCCAACGCUCCAACCUCUUCACCCACCGGAUCGUGCACACGGGGGAGAAGCCGUUUGCGUGCCACGAGUGCGGGAAAAGCUUCGCCCGGAGGUCGGAGCUCACCAUCCACCAGCGCACGCACACCGAAGAAAAGCCCUACCAGUGCUCCCAGUGUGAAAAGUCCUUCAGGGGAAGGUACGGGCUCUUCAGGCACGAGAGGUUGCAUACGGGAGAGAAACCCUAUGAGUGCUCCGAGUGCGGGAAGAGCUUUGGGCAGAGUGGGGACCUUAUCACGCACCAGCGCUUCCACACCGGUGAGAAGCCCUACCAGUGUGGCGAGUGCGGGAAGUUCUUCUGCAAUAAAUCCAGUCUCGUCAAGCACCAGAAAUGGCACUUGGGGGAGAAGCCCUACAAGUGCCACGAGUGCGGGAAGAGCUUCGGGCAGAGCUCGGACCUCAUCGCCCACCAGCGCACGCACACGGGCGAGAAGCCCUACCCGUGCGCCGAGUGUGGGAAGAGGUUCACCAGGAAAUCUAGCCUCCUCGUGCACCAGCGAGGCCACAGGGGACGGAGGAUGGGAGAGAAGAAAUAUUUCUGCAAGGAGUGCGGGAAAAGCUUCAGGCACAACUCCAACCUCAUCGUGCACAGGAGGACGCACACCGGGGAAAAGCCCUACGCCUGCUGCGCGUGCGGGAAACCCUUCAGUGACAGGUCGAACCUCGCCAAGCACCAGAGGCUGCACAGUGGGCAAAAGAAAACGCACACGGGGGAAAGGCCAUUUAAGUGCUCCGAGUGCGGGAAAAGGUUUUGGCACAGCACCAAGCUGGUGAUGCACCAGAAAACUCACGCGGCGGAUAAAAUCUACAAGUGCCCGCAGUGUGAAAAGUACUUCAAGGACAAAUCCACGCUCCUCAGGCACGAGAUGGUGCACACUGGCGAGAAGCCGUACAAGUGUCACGAGUGCGAGAAGCGAUUCGCUCGGAAAUCGGACCUGACCGUCCAUCAGAGAAUCCACACUGGGGAGAAACCCUUCGCUUGCGCCGAGUGUGGGAAGAGCUUCAAUCACAAAUCCAACCUCUUCACCCACCAGAGGAGGCACACAGGGGACAAACCUUUCCGGUGCCAAGAGUGCGGGAAGAAUUUUGGCCACCGGACGGAUCUGCUGGUCCAUCAGCGGACCCACACGGGCGAGAAGCCCUUCCGCUGCUCCGAGUGUGGGAAGUGCUUCAAGGGCAGGACCACACUCAUGCGGCACGAGAGGCAGCACACGGGCGAGAGGCCCUACACGUGUCCCGAGUGUGGGAAGAGCUUCGGGCUGAGCGCAGACCUGGUGGUCCACCAGCGCUUCCAUACGGGGGAAAAACCCUACAAGUGCGGCGAGUGCGGGAAUUUCUUCUGCAACAGCUCGAGCCUCGUCAGGCAUCAGCGGAAACACACGGGCGAGAAGCCCUACAAGUGCCACGAGUGUGAGAAGAGCUUCGCGCAGAGCACGGAUCUCCUCGAGCAUCGGACGACCCACACCGGGGAGAAGCCCUACCCGUGCCACCAAUGUGGGAAGUGUUUUGGCAGGAAAUCCAACCUCAUCGUGCACCAGCGAGUGCACGGACUUGGCAAACACCGGCGGGGUGGGAAAAGCUUCCAGGUGAAUCUGGUCCACCCCGACGGGCCGAUGGAUGCCGCUGCUGCAGCAUGCUCGGGGUGCACCUAAGCGCUUUGGUGGAACUGUUGAGCAUCAGUAGUGACACGGAGGAGAAAACCCCUGCAAAUGCCUGGAGGAAAGAGGCAAAAUGGAGAAAAAUCUCAGUAGAUCCUAGAAGCGAUGGCGUGGAAGAGAACAGCCUGUGAAGCAUGAGAAGCGUGGGAUCUCAGUGUUCCAGAGCGGAGUCUGCAAGGAUGGGGGGAAUAACCUGUGUGUAUGUUUUAGGGUGGCCAAAGUAAAAUGUGAAACGGUUUC